CAGCACUUUCACUUUCUAUUCCUCAGAAACACCACUGCCUGUGCUUCUGCUCUUUUUCUCACUGCAGCUGCUGCUUCAACACAGGACUCACGAUGAGCAGCAGCUCUCCAUUUGGAUCAGCUACUCCAGCUCAACCCACCGGCGGCUUUUCAUUUGGAUCAGCUACUCCAGCUAAACCCACCGGCGGCUUUUCAUUUGCAUCACCUACUCCAGCUAAACCCACCGGCGGCUUUUCAUUUGGAUCAGCUACUCCAGCUAAACCCACCGGCGGCUUUUCAUUUGGAUCAGCUACUCCAGCUCAACCCACCGGCGGCUUUUUAUUUGCAUCACCUACUCCAGCUAAACCCACCAGCAGCUCUUCAUUUGGAUCACCUACUCCAGCUAAACCCACCACCAGCUCACCAGCGACGGCCUUAGAAGCUCUGAGCAAAUGUAUAGCUCAAAGUAGCAAAAAGUGCAAAAUAAAAGCACCGACUUUUACGUUUCCAGCAGUUAACCAGAACGGUGAACUGAAAGACACAGAUUCACAAGAAGUCUUUGGACGUUCGAUACAGAUAGUCCCAGAUAUACCCCCUUUGUGGAGGAAUGUGCAGUGGACAGAAGAGCGAAGGACCAGCCUGAUGGAGACCGUCAGCUCCUACACACCGAGCAGUGAGGAGGUGACUCAAGCCAGGGUUCUCCUCCUGGGCCCCGUCGGGUCCGGAAAGUCCAGCUUCAUCAGUUCAGUCCAUUCGGUGUUUAACGGACGAGUCACCAUCCGGGCCAUGGUGGGCUCCUCCUCCACCUGCUUCACCAAAAAGCUGCAGUCGUUCACCAUCUGUGGUCAGAAAGAGAAGUUCCGACCAGACUGGUUCUGUGUGAGCUAUGGGUCUGGGGACGGAGAGAUGACCGGACUGACCCUCCACGACAUCCUGUCCGUCAUUAAAGGUCACGUACCUGAGGGACACAAGUUCUGCCCGGACCAGGCAGUGAGAUCAGAGACUGGAAACUACGUGAAGUGGCCGAGCCUAAAAGACAAGAUCCACUGUGUGGCCUUUGUGCUGGACGCCUCUAAAAUCGCAACGUACUCCAAAGGCCUCAGAGCCUCGUUCCAACAGCUCAGGGAGCACAUCAGUGAUCUGGGUAUCCACCAGGUGGCUCUGCUGACCCAUGUGGAUGAAAUCUGUCCAAACACAGCCAAAGACGUCUCCAUGGUUUACAAGAGCCAAGUAAUAAAAGAGACGAUGAGUAAAGCUGCAGAUCUGAUGGGUAUGGCCACCUCCUACAUCGUCCCCGUGAAGAACUACUCCUCAGAGCUGGACCUGAACGUGAACACCGACGUGCUGCUGCUCAGCGCCGUCGAGCACAUCCUGCAGUACGUCGAUCUGUAUUUCCAGGAAAACACACCACAAGAAACGGAGUCAGAAGAGGAUUCGUUCAAAUUAUGAUCCCAGCUUCAAUGUCGUCAAUUUUAAAUCCCUUAUGUGUCGGAUCGGACUCGAUUUGAACAACCUUAUAAGAAAGUUGCUUAUGUUUUUCUUACUUUUUACUAAAUUUUAACUGAAAAUGUAUUAUUCAGAAUCAGAAGUGUGUAAUAUUUUAUUGUCACCUGCAAAUACAGUGUUCUCCACUGUCAUAUUAGUCGUUUAAAAACUUGCUUCAGUCACCAAUUUGUUUUGUAUACUUUUUUCUUGCAGAAAGUAGAAAUACAAUUUGUAAGCGGUGCAGACUUGUCAUGUAGAGACUAUGAUUUCUUUCAUGUAAUUCUAAUCCAUUAAAUACAAUUAAUCAUGAUAUCUUUGGAUUGUAAUAAUUUAUAAGUUCACUCCUAAAAUAUAAGAUUCUGGUCAUAAUAACAUGGUUUGACUGUUUAUUUGAGAUUGUAGGUGUGAUUGGACUCCUCUCCAGCUGUUGGGCUCUUUAUAUUUUAAACUGUGUAAAGUAAAGUCACAAUAAAUAAGCAUAUGUUCACAUUUGAUUGUGGCAAAUCUA